AUGGGGAGAUUAGGGCAGGCUGUGCGCGUUGGUCCGUGCGCAGCUGGUCUGUGCGCAGCAUGCCGACGCGGCCCCGGGGGCCGUGUAAUUCGAUCCGCUUUUGCAGAGCCCCUGGCUCGCCAAUUUCAUCUUUUUCCCUUCAAGCGCCUUUGGCAAUCGACAUCUGCAUCGCACACUGAACGUGUCUAUGACGAGCUCUAUACUUCUGAUGCUUGGCUUCAAGCACACGACGACCUUCAGAGGCAGCCUCCGGAGCCAGGCUGUCAGCUAGAACGAGUGAUUGCGGGACUGAUGUUCUGGUCUGACUCAAUGCGCCUUGCGAAUUUUGGAUCAGCAAAAGCGUGGCCGAUCUAUCUUUAUUUUGGCAAUCUGUCGAAAUAUAUUCGUGCUUGCCCGAGUAAGCACGCAGGUCAUCAUGUAGCCUAUAUUCCAAGCAGUUCUGCGCUACUCACACAUUGUUGCCGUGAACUCUUUCAUGCGAUCUGGAAGCACCUACUUGAUGCAGACUUCGUGCAUGCAUACAAGCAUGGCAUCGUCAUCCAAUGUGCUGAUGGUGUCUGGAGACGGGUUUAUCCUCGAAUAUUCACAUAUUCAGCUGAUUAUCCCAAAAAAGUCUUAAUCGCUACAUUGAGGGACAAUGGCCAAUGUCCUUGUCCACGAUGCCUCACACUUAAGACUGACCUUUGGAAAAUGGGCUACAAGCAUGAUCUCCGCUGUCGGGAGGCCCCUGGUAUCAUCAGGACAUGGACAUCUCGUGUUCGAGAUCUCGUGCUUUCUGCUCGCGAAGGCAUCUACCAACAAGGUCUCGGAGUUACAAGUGCAGCCAUACAGAGAUUGUCGCGACUUGAGAAUGCAUUUACCAGCUGUCUGGGAGAUUCUUUCGAUGUCUUCUCAAUUCUUCCUGUCGAUUUCAUGCACGAAGUUGAACUCGGAGUAUGGAAGGCACUGUUCACUCAUUUGAUUCGUAUUCUCUAUGCAGUUGCUCCAUCAGGACAAAUGGUUGUUGAAUUGAAUCAUCGGUAG